AUGGCUUUAACUUCGAUCUUAGAGAUUGAACUCUUUGACGUAUGGGGAAUCAACUUCAUGGGCCCAUUUCUGCCUUCAGAUGGUCAUCAAUAUAUUUUGGUUGCGGUUGAUUAUGUUUCAAAAUGGGUUAAGGCCAUCGCAUGUGCUAGAAAUGAUGCGGCCAUGGUGGCAAAAUUUCUCAAGAAAAACAUUCUCGCACGAUAUGGAACACCCUGUGCAUUAAUUCGUGAUGAAGGCACACAUUUCAUCAACCGCAUCAUCACCAACCUAUUGAUCAAAUUUAAUGUAGAAAUCUCCAAUCAGGAAAUCAAGACCAUCUUGGAAAAGGUAGUCAAUACCUCCAGGAAAGAUUGGUCACCCAAGCUUGAUGAAGCACUAUGGGCAUAUAAGACUACCUUUAAAACUCCAAUCGGUAUGUCCUCAUAUGCCUUGGUCUUCGAAAAAGCUUGCCAUCUGCCUCUCGAGCUGAAACACAAGGAAAUAUGGGCAAUCAAAAAGCUAAAUUUUGAUUUGACGAAUGUGGGAGAAGUCUGGAAGCUGCAGUUGAAUGAGUUGGUCGAAUGGCGCAUGAACGCCUAUGAAAAUGCAAAACUCUAUAAAGAACGAACCAAGAAAUGGCAUGACAACUGCAUAAGUAAGAGGACAUUCUUUGUGGGUCAACAAGUACUCUUAUUUAAUGCACGUUUGCGAUUGUUUCAAAGAAAGUUAAAGUCCCGCUGGUCUGGGCCAUUCUGA